UGUUUCUCCCGUUUCAGGGUGCUGUGAGAGGCGCACGCAGAGGAGCCCAGCCCAGCCAGUCAGUGCCAGAGCUGCGGAGCCGCACCGAGCCCAGACACAGCAGAGCCAUGACCGCCAACACCGCCAGUGCCCGUAUCCUCAUCAAAGGGGGGAAGGUGGUGAAUGAUGACUGCACGCAGGAAGCCGAUGUAUACAUAGAGAACGGCAUCAUCCAGCAGGUGGGCCGGGAGCUGAUGAUACCGGGAGGGGCGAAGGUCAUCGAUGCCACAGGAAAGCUAGUGAUCCCUGGAGGGAUCGAUACCAGCACCCACUUCCACCAGACUUUCAUGAAUGCCACCUGCAUGGACGACUUCUACAAUGGCACCAAGGCAGCACUAAUGGGAGGCACCACCAUGGUCAUCGGUCAUGUUCUGCCGGAUAAAGACAUCUCCUUGCUGGACGCGUAUGAGAAGUGCAGGAGCCUUGCCGACCCCAAAGUGUGCUGUGACUACGCUCUGCACAUGGGUGUCACCUGGUGGGGACCCAAGGUAAAGGCGGAGAUGGAGACCUUAGUACGAGAGAAGGGGGUCAACUCCUUCCAGAUGUUCAUGACUUACAAGGAUUUAUACAUGCUGCGGGACAAUGAGCUCUACCAGGUGUUCCGACACUGUAAGGACCUGGGGGCCGUAACUCGAGUCCAUGCGGAGAACGGGGAUCUGGUAUCUGAGGGCGCAAGGGAAACUCUGGAUCUGGGGAUCAGUGGCCCCGAGGGCAUCGAAAUUAGCCGACCUGAGGAGCUGGAAGCAGAGGCCGUUCACAGGGCGAUAACUAUUGCUAAUAGGACCUUCUGCCCUGUCUACUUGGUGAACAUUUCCAGUAUGUCAGCAGGUGAUGUCAUUGCCUCUGCCAAAAUGCAAGGGAAAAUUGUCUAUGGAGAGACGACCACCGCCCACUCUACGCUGAACGGUCUCCACUACUACCACCAGGAUUGGUCACAUGCUGCAGCCUACGUCACCGUCCCUCCUCUCCGGCUGGAUCCUAACACCCCCAACUACCUCAUGAGCCUGCUGGCCAACGACACGCUGAACGUGGUGUCCUCAGACCACAGAAUAUUCACCACCAAACAGAAAGCCAUGGGCAAAGAGGACUUCACCAAGAUUCCACACGGGAUGGGCGGAGUUCAGGACCGCAUGAGCGUCAUUUGGGAGAAAGGCGUGGUGGGAGGAAAGAUGGACGAGAACAGAUUUGUAGCUGUGACAAGCUCCAACGCAGCCAAGAUUCACAACAUGUACCCACGUAAAGGGCGUAUUAUCCCUGGAGCCGAUGCCGACAUUGUGGUGUGGGAUCCAGAAGCCGCCAGGACCAUCUCUGCCAGCACCCAGGUCCAGGCUGGAGAUUUCAAUCCCUACGAGAAUAUGCGAUGCCAUGGAGUGUCACUGGUCACCAUUAGCCAUGGCCGCGUGGUGUACGAGAACGGCGUCUUCAUGUGUGCUGAGGGAUCUGGCUCCUUCUUCCCGAUGAGGACCUACCCAGAUUACCUGUAUAAGAAGAUGAUCCAGAAAGAAAAGAUUCUGAGCCUAAAGUGCGUAGACCGCACCCCGUAUCAAGGAGAUGUAGCCGUGGUGGCGCAUGCUGGAAAGAAAGAGACAGGAAGUCCGCUGGCAGACACUCCCACUCGGCCAAUCACCCGUCACGGAGGCAUGCGGGACCUCCACGAGUCCGGCUUCAGCUUGUCUGGUUCUCAGAUUGAUGACCAUGUCCCAAAACGAGCCUCAGCCAGGAUCCUAGCACCCCCCGGAGGCAGAUCCAGUGGGAUCUGGUAAAAAGCACUGGCCGACACCCACCGAUUCCCUGGUCCACUACACCCCACUCCUGCAGGAGAUCCACACAACUUCCUUCCCCACUUCACAAAACGCAAACACCUGUAAUAUGUCAAGAGAGAGGAAUCCACUGUGACUCUACAUCUGCCUACACCAGACUACAGCGCCCCCUCCUAGAGAUGGACAGUGAUGAACCAUCAUGCCAACCAGAAACUUACCUGCCCAGAACUUGCUUGUGAAUUCCUCAACCACGACGUCUUAAUUUCCCAUCUGUUGUAGUGAUAACCAAUGUUAUGUUCUGUGCCGUGAGUGUGUGCGAGGUGCGAGCAGUGUGAAUGUUGCUGUCUUUGUGCUUCAUCGGUGUCAUGUUGCAGGAGUAGAGGUGCGAAUGGUGACCUGCAGCCUUCCCAUAUGCCAAGCCAUGGCUGGCAGAGCUAUUAUCUGAAACAGAUCCAUUAUUCUUUCAUAGUGCAGUAAUAACAGCGAGACAAGUUCCUAUAACUGCCUAGAUCCUCCAUGCAUAGUCAUCCUGCAUUGUCACAAGGGACAAAAACGUCCAAAAUUUCUAUUUAGUAGGCCAAUCUCAGUGGUUUAAGCAACUUUUUUUCCUGUUAAAAUUGUCCAUUGGACCCUAAACAUGAUGUAGCCUGUUAUAUUCAGUGCAGGGAAGUUGAAGAGGUAACUUCAUUGAGGGGUGUCUUUUUUGAAUUGCUGUUUAUUUUCCCCCACUCAUUGCUUAUCACUGGUUUGACUCGUAAUUUUUGCACCUUGGUGUGAAU